AAUAAUGAAAAUACAAGAAAACUGAAAACAAAAACAAAUUCUAUAAAGCUAAAGUGUGAAUCCGAUCAAAGGAAUGAGCCCUUAAAGAGCAAGGGAGAAGGGGAGCGAGUGACUAUAACUAUAAAUAAGAACAGCGCCAAGCAAGUUGGCAACAAGUGAAGUGAAGUAGCAACCCGAAGCAGCCACAUCGAUUGGGUCUUUUGUCCCUGAGACUGCGUUGGUCCAACGUAACGCCAACAACAGUCCAAUAUACCAAAAAUAAAAUCGACGCGGGCAGCAACAAAAGCUGCGAGCAACAACAGUCAGCAGCGGGCAACAUCUGCUGCGGCAACAUUUUAGAAACUACAAAAACAGCAGCAACAAACGAAGGCAACAUUUGUCGUAGCAACACGAGUCUCUCCCGGCAACACCAACAGCGCAACAUUUGCUGAGAACAUUGGGCAGGCGCAUAAAGCUGGCAACAUUUGCUGAGAAGCUGCAAAACGGGACUAGCAACAUUUGCAACGGCAACAUCUGGAGCUGGCAACAUUUGCUGUGAAGCUGCAAAACGGGACUAGCAACAUUUGCAACGGCAACAUCUGGAGCUGGCAACAUUUGAAUAGCAACUUGGCUACAACGAUAGCAACAGCAGCUGGCAGCAUUUGAAUAGCAGCUACAACGAUAGCAACAGCAGCUGGCAACAUUUGCUGCAGCAACAUUUGAGUAGCGCCUUUGCAACUCGAUGUUGUUGCUUUUGCUUGCUUUCAUUAUGAGAUUCGUAGACAUUUCCAAAAUGCAACGGCGUCAACGCUGCACGUCGUGUGCCAGCGCUGGCAUUGAAUGCCCGCGCAGCAACAAAAACAACAACAACAACAACAACAGCUGCAGCAACAACAGCUCAACUGCUGAUGCCAAUGGCAACACGCAGUGCUGGCAGCAUGUGCCUAGCGCAAGCAACAGCAGCAGCACCAGCAGCGGCUGUGAUAGCAGCAGCUCCUCCAAGGAGAACUACUAUGCUUCGCAGCAACAGCAACAGCAACAGCAGCAACAACAACAGCAGCAAUAUUACAACAACAAUGGUCUAACGGCACAGCAACUGCAGCAGCUGCGCUACUAUCAAUGCAUGCAACAGCAACAAUUGCAAUUGCUGCAACAGCAAUUGUUGCAGCGUCGUCGAUUGCAGCAGCAACUGCGCGACCAGGGCGUCAAUGUAUGCAAAGCAACAACAACAACAACAACAGCCGGACUCACCUGUAAUCAGCAAUAUUUGAUGCAACAGAGGCAGCAGCAGCAACAAUAUGUUGCUAAGUACAACAACAAUAACAACAACAACAACAAUGAACAGGACAAAAGCCACAAUCUAAACAACAUCAUCAUCAACAACAACAACAACAUUCGUAUUGGCCCAAAUGUGGCUCAAGGUACUCAUUUGCGACGUGGUAUGACAGACAUCUCAACAGCGAACGACAUCAACAAUUUCAGCAACAUCAAGCGCCAUAUCGAACACCCAUUCACCUCGCCACAAAGUUCACCCACAACUCACAAACCAUACGCCAAAACUAAUAUAAAUCAAACGCAAAUCAAUUUGAAUUCACGCUUAACCCAGCAGCAACAGCAACAGCAACAGCAACGGCAGCAACAAUCGUCGAGAGUCGGGGGUAAGCAAUACAACGGCAACACGGCUGCAUUCAAUACUAGUUUGGCCAACGCCAGCGGCCCAGGCUCGGCCCCGCAGUCCCCGCAGCACUACCGCAUCCCCCUGAACAGCCCGAACAACUCGCUGUUCACGCUAGCCCAUGCGACGGCCGGCAGGCAGCGGUACAAGCAGCAGCAGCUGAACGACCGCCUGCUGCAGCAGCAGCACCUGCAGCACUGCCAGCAGCAGCAGCAGCAGCAGCAGUGCAAUGAGGAACUGAGCGAGGAGAGCCUCAAGCAGAAUGUGGCCAUCGUCCUGAGCAACUUGGAUCGCUACAACAGUGCGCUGCGCAGCAUCAUACUGAACGAGCAGGUGAACCACAUCAGCAGCAACAGCAGCGACAGCCUCUUUCUGCUCGACAACAUCGCCGAGCCCGACAACAACAACAUCUCAGUGAGGAGCAGCGCCAUGGCAGCAACAAAUGUGGCGGCUGUGCUCACGCCCGAAUCGGAUUACAACAGCAAUGCAACAACGCCGGGGUCACAGCAGCAGCAGCAGCAACAGCAACUGCAGCAGCAGCAGCAGCAACUGGGGGUAGGUGGUAUGCUUUGUGGUGGUGGUAACGGUGGUGGUGGUGGUGUCGGUGGUGGUGGCAACAAUCUCAACUGUUCGCUGGCCUCGUCGCAAGACUUUACUCACGACAAUUCCGAUUAUCAGUGGUUCCUCGACUACGGCUAUCGGGAUGGCUGCGGCGGCAUGCAGCGCAGCGUGCUCAGCUCGCUGUCGGCCUCGUACAAUGCCAUGGGCGACUUCUUCUACUACGAGGAUCUCAAGAACCUGGACGCCAAUCUGGCCGAGGUGGACAUGGAGAGCUUUCGGGCGGAGGACAUACACUCGCUGCUCUCCCAGCUGCCCGCCUACUGCAAGAGUUUGGGCGGCGCCAACAGUCGCCUGCAGCAGUCGCUGCUCUACCAGCAGCAGCAGCAGCAGCAGCAGCAGCAACAGCAGCAGCAGCAGCAACAACUGCAGCUGCAGCUGCAACACAGCAAUAUGAUGAGCAACAUGCAGCACAUGGCACACAACAUGUCGCAGACCUCGACCACGUCCACGAACGAGCUAAUUGACAAUUCAUUCUGCAAAUCGGAGCUGCUCUUCUCGCCCGUCAAAGAGUCGCACAUAUCGGUGGACUCGCUGGACAUGGACGCCUACCCGGACGAGGGCGACAUCAUCUUCACCUGCAACAAGGACAACUACACCAUCGCCUUCGAGGGCAGCGUCCUCUACUCGGACGACAGUUUCUAUGCGGAGCCCUGCGACAUCGCCGCCAGGAACAAACAGAACUGCAUCAAUCUGCACAGCAAUCUGGACGACAUCGUGAAGCGCAACAAGGCCCUGGAGGUAUCCAUGUCACGCUCGGCCCAGUCUUUCCAGCUGCCCUGCAAGUCACCAAAGACGCCGACUAAAGCUCAACUACAGCGACGCUCGCUUCUUCUUGUCUCGCCCGCGCGCAGGUAUCCUUCGGGCAACAACAACAAUGGCGGAGGAGGAGGAGGAGGCGCAGCAGGAGAAACCAUUAUACUCACACGCCAUUUGCCGCAAUGCAGCGUGCGCAAGAGCAACAGUCUACCGAAUCUAUCCAGCGAGCUGACGCUGAGCGAGGAGCAGCAGCAGCAGGAGGAGGACAAGCUGCAGUCGGAUCAUUCGGGGCCACUGAACGUCUCGCAGGCGAUAAGUACCUCGACCAUGGAAUCGUGCUCGACGCGCUCCAGGAACCUGCUGCCCAUGUGCCAGAUGCCGAUCUCAAUCAGCGUGUCCGUCUCGGAGCGCCUGCAGGAGGCGGACGAGCGGCACAAGGAUGGCACGCCCACGCCCACGCCUCAGCAGCAGCAGCAGCAGCAGCAGCAGCAUACGCAGCAUCAUCAUCAUUCGCAUCAGCAUCGCCACAAGCAUCGCUGCAGCUGCGCGCUGUCCUCCACGCAGGGCAGUCAGAACUUCUGCUCGAAUGCUUCCCAUGGCCACAUCUCGGGCUCGGGCUCGGGCUCGGGCUCGGGAUCCGCCUCGUCGGGUAAUUCGAACCCGGCCGCCUUCAAUCUAGUCAAGCUGUUCAUCAAGCAGAAAAGCCACAACAGCAGCAGCAGCCACAGCAACAGCUGCGCCCAGGAGGAGAACCAGGCCUGCGCGCUCACCUGCAUGGACGUCUCCUCGGGCUGCUGGCCGUCGAGCGACGCCGCCGCCUCCAGCUGCAGCAGCGGCUCCCUGGAGAAGCGUCUGCGCAAGAAGAGCAUGCACGACUCGGGCAAGGGCUCGGCCGUGAGUCGCCACGACGAGGAGGACAACUACGAGGAUGCCGACGCCGACGCCGACGCUGACGUCGACGGUGACGGUGACGGCGACACGGCGUCUACGCCCAAGCGACAGCUGCGCACGCGCUGCGAUGCCGUGUUCUAUGACGACGGCGCCAGCUCCAGCUCGACGGGCUCCUUGACGGCUACCAAUUCGCCGGCGCAUCGCCGCCGCAGCAUGCCCCUGCGCAAUCCGCAGCUCUAUCAGCUGGCGGCCAGCUCACAGACCCAGGCGCAGGCGCAGACGCAGACGCAGUGCAGCCAGCAGUCGUCGGAGGCGAGCAACUCGGAGCAGCUGACCGAGGUGCCCAUGCAGGCGGGAGGCAAGCCCAGGCGCGGCUCGAGCAAUCGGCCGUUGUCGUGCGCCUCCAGCUCGGAGAUGAUCACGCGCUCGAUGCAGACCUCCUGCGGCUCCCUCAGCACGACGCACAGCAGCCUGAGCGAGCGGUACCGGUGCGUGCCGCCCUCGUUCCUCGCCAAGCUGCACAACCUGGGCGAGCAGUGCGAGGCGCCCAUCUACGUGAUCUACCCGAACUACGCGCUGCCCGACCUGGGCUUCGUCAAGACCAGCAGCAGCAGCACCGACGUCAUCUUCUCGCCCUUCAACUACAAGAUGACGCUGGACAGCGCUGGCUCCGGUGGCGGCGCAGGCGCAGGCGGCAGCUCGACGGGCUCGCUGGGCAGGAAGCAGCGCAGCAGCCAGGGCGCCAGGGAGAACCAGAACGAGCUGUUCAAGACGCUCGACUACAAGCACAUCGCCGACUGGCAGUCGCUGGUGACGCUGCUGCCCGCCGAGUACCGGCAGCGCCUGCAACACAUUCCCGAGGUGCGCCAGAUCACGAGCCAGCUGGAGGCGGAGCUCUCGCAGCGCCCGCUGUUCUGCAUGUCGCCGCCGAUUCGACGCAACCGGCCGAACAUCUGCGACUGCGCCAAGAGCUUGCAGCAGACGCAGCUGGACGAGGCCUCCAGCUCGGGCUCUAGUCAGCCGCCCAGCUCCGGGUAUCGCGGCUCGUCGACGCUGCUCACCGACUCGGAGGUCGAUGCGGAUCCCAUGAAGCAGAUGUAUGUCUACCAGUACGAGCAGCAGCGCAUGGACUCGGGCGCGGAGACGAGUCCUGCCAGCCGGCAGCAGCCGCAGCCGCAGCCGAUGCCGCGCAGCAUCCUGCGCAAGGCGAACUCGGCGCAAAUGCGCACCAAGCGCAAUUCCAUGAUCGAAGCCAAGCAGACGCAGCAGCUGUCGAAGCUGGAGAAGCGACGCAGCUUGCAGGAGCCGCCCCACAACUACGCCCUCGGCUCCACAGACGAGCUGGCCGAGGUCUUUGAGGAGGAGGAGCAGCAGCAGCAGCAGCAGCAGUCGGCAGCCAACGCAACGCAGCCAGCCAAGCAGCGACUAUCGCGCAAGGAUCUGGACGCACGGGCUCGAGCUGAGAGCUUCCUGGCCUCGCUGCCUCGCUCGGAGCUGAAGUAUUACGCGGAGAUAGCGGCGAUUCUAGAGUCUUCCGGUGGGCAGGUGCAGUACGACGCGGCGGCCCUCAAGAAGGAGGUGAGCCGCGUGCUCAGCCAGCAGAAGAAGGUCUCCUUCAACGACGGCGCCAACUGCGAGGCCGAGCUGCAGCAGCAGCAGCAGCAGCAGCAGCAGGGGCAGCAGGCGCAGGCCAAGCGCUUCACGACGCCACCGAAUUCUCCCAACAUUUCCAUAGCCGCGCUGCAGCGGCGCGAGACGCUCGACGUGCAGGAGCAGCGCAAGAUCGAGAGCAAUCGCUUCAAGCGCCUGCAGAUCCAGUGGGAGCUCAUGAGCAAGGACUCGAGCAUGCUCAAGGAGCUGGCCAACGAGCAGGCCACCAAGAGCGGUGGAUCCACGCCUACCUCGACGACCUCAGCCAAUUCCAGCUCGGCGCAGAAGUCACGCAUCCCACGGCCAGUCAGCUAUCCGGCGGGCAGAAGUCCGAAGCCAAGUGCCGCCUCGCCUGCGGCAGUCGGCCAGACUAAGCGAAAUUCGCCUGCUAAUGUUAUCUCCCCACAAAUCUGCAGAGUCAGCGCCGUGCACGACGCGGCCAGCAGUGGCAAGUGCAACACCCGAUCUCCCAGCCGCAUUGUGCAGCCGAAGCGGUACAGCCUGGCCACCACGCCCACUUCCUCAGCAGCGCCCGCGGCUGGACGAGCGCGCACCCCCACGGCACGCGGCGGCGUCGCCUCAGCGACCACACCCAGUACACCCAAGCGUCAAGUAGCUGCAGCAACGUCCAGACCCACAUCGCGAGUACGUUAACAAUGGAAGCGCUAGAUGGAAGCCAAGCGACCUUAACGCAGCAAGGGCGUGGCACGCGUUUAACAAUAUCCAAAACCAAGUCAAGCAUAAUGCGAGAAAAACAAGAAAACAACAAUGAAACAUUGUAUAAAAAAUAUAUAUAGAUUAAGGCUUUGCGCGGCUCUUUUGCUUAGACAACUGGCCACUGAACAGCGCCCGGGUAGAGUGAUACCAGAGAGACAGAGUUAGCUCAAAGUAAGAUCGGGUAGAUCGGCUGAUUAGGAAACGGGUGCGCAGCAGCGGUCAGUCGCAAGUGCUAAAGUAUUUUUGAUUGACUUUUAAGUUCAAGUGCAAGCAAUGGCGGAGGUAGCUAAAUUUUCUUUUUAAUUUCCUUUUUGACAAUUAUACAAGACAUAGAUGCCAAUAUGCAAAUCUUUUGAUGUAUAUAUAUACACACACACACAGACUCACACACACACUCACUCAUUCAGACACACGCAAACUUAAAAGUUAUUUCCAUUUAGCUAAUCAAAAAGAAACGAUAAACAUAUUUAUGACACACAAAUUUAUACCUAUAUAAUAUAUAUAUAUAGAGGGAGAGAGCAGGAUGUACGUAAUGCUGAUUAUACAAGUACAUUCUGGGAAAAAGAGAGCGCGAUAAGCGAAAGAGAGAGAAGAUGUGUAAUGCUCAAAUCGAUGAUUGAGGCAAAAAUUACUAUAAUUAUGCCUGAAAGCAAAGAAUAAUAAUAUUUAUUACACAGGCCAACAAAAUUUAAAGAAAUAUCAUAAUCAAGCAGCUGAUAAUACUUUCCAGAAGAUCUUUGACUGAGUAAAACCUUUGAUAUGAGCGUAUUUCGAGUUAAGCGAGCUAAACACUCAGUAUCUGAAUAUGAAUUUAUUUUGCGUAAAGAUCAUUUUGAUAACUGAACCUACUGCUCCUCAUCUAUAAAUCGACUUUUACAUUUUCAAAAAAUCUUUUAAUAUCACUGAAAUAUCAUCUAUUGAAUUUACUAAUCAACUCUAGUCCAUAACAUCUUUUUUCCCUCCUUAAUCCCUUCAAGUCUUACUCAGUAGUUGAAAUAUUUUUGAUAAAACAAUUUGUAAACAGUUUAUGUAGUUCUUUCAGUUAUCGAAAUGAUCUUUAAGAGUAAGAAAUAUCUCAAGAACUAUAAGAGAUGUAUCUCAGCCAGUUUGAUUCAUGAUUACCGUCAGUCAAGAGAAUUCUGGAAAGUAAUGUUUGAUUCAUGUACUCAGAUAUCAAAUGCAUAUUAUUUGGCCUUUUACAACACUGAGUAAAUCAAUUUCUACAUUGCCUUUAAGAUAUUUAGCGAAAGACACUUAAGACACACAGACAGAUAAGCCGCUUAGCAAUUUUGUAUAUCUGACGAUGAUUUUGGAUUUUGGUUUUUACUUUGAGUUUAUUGUGUCUGCUUUUUGCUUUGCCUAAGCCUAAGUUCACGUGAUUUCAAAUCGUACGAUUUAAGAUUGUACUCUAUAAAUACGCCUAUAUUAAUUACGCCUGCUAUGAUUUGUACUUCAAGCUGACUAGAAACAAAAAGAAGGAAACUCUUGCUAUUCUUAAUUACUGGAAGACAUAACUUUAGUUUAAGCCUUACAUUUAACCAACUUUUGUAUCCUUAAUUGUAUAGACAUUUUUAUUGUAUAUCAUAUUUACAAGCAAAAGAAAACAUAA